GCCAGCAGCGGUUGGCUGAAGGUUCACGAGUGAACAAAAAUGUUGCGUUUAGGGCCCCGGGGUUUCACGAUUGAAGUGAGAUAUUUGUGGAGUGAAGUAACACAGAACUCUCUGGACCCAGUCUUUCAGAGGAGGCAAGCAGAGGAAGUGCUGUCGUCAAAGUGUCCAACUUGGUUGAUGUUUUGCAAUCGCACAAACGAGAUGCCUCGUGGAGACUUCAACAUUUACUUUGCCAGCGGCCAUAGAGGACAUGUCAGAGCUGAGGAGGCGGUGGGCAUCACCCUCCUGGUGGUCAUCCUUGCAGCCCUCCUCAUCCUGGGCUGCUGGUACUUCAAGAAGAGAAGUGGCUACAAAAUAAUCAGGAGCCCAAGAUCAGGUUCACCAGGUUACACAGGAGGCCAGUACUCAGAGGCUGGACCUUCAGCAGAUAACAAGAUGGCCCUUGCUGAUUUUGGCAGCUUCAGACCACUGGUUCCUAAUGCUCCUCCAGCCUAUGAAAAGAUUUCUUCGGGACCAAUGCCUCCUCCCUAUUCCCCCUGAAGAACGAGUGCUGACGGAUGGUAGAAAAAUGGGAAACACUGAAGAAUGAACUCUGAACUUCCUUUUCUUUAUGACACUAGUAAAAUGAGAUGUUACUAUUCAUAUGGUUCCUCAUGCUUCACAGCUAAAUACAUUAACAGAGGGAAAAAAUGUCUUUCCCUUUAAAAAAAGAUUACAAACACAAUUUAUGAACUUAAUGUUAUGUCAACAAACAACAAUAAAUGAAUUCAUGAUACAUUGUGUUAAAAAACAACACUUAUUCCAGACAGUUGCAUUGUUUAUUUCCAUGCAGUAUUGUCCACACUUGUUCCAUGAAAAUGUAUCUAGUAAAUAUUUUUGAAAAAUCUAUAUGGUAAAAAUAAAUAAAUGUGACUCCAAAACUCCAUUAAUAUUGACUCAAACAUGUAGUAAAAAUGUAUCUAGUAGUUUCUAUUUCUAAAAAAAAAGUGUAGUUUUUCAAGGAGUACAGUUUUAAAAAGAGAUAUGAAAAUUGAAUGCCAACACAUGUAUUUUCAAAAUGGCAUAAAGAAGAACAACUUACCAUCAUGACUUAUAAACAAUUUAUUUUGCGAAUCAGUAUCUAACUGCAUUGAAAAGUUUAUUUGCAAAGGCUCUGC